AUGCAACCAUGGAAGGCUGCAAUGGGGAAUCCUGACGCCUCGGAGACCGGCCUCAUCACGACCGUCAUCUUCAUCGGAGGAUUUCUAGGUGCCAUCCCUGGCUCGAUAUGCUCGGACAAGUAUGGACGCAAGAUGGGUAUUCUGGUGGGAUCGGCGUGCACAGCUGUCGGCAGUGUUAUUCAGACUUGCUCGAAAGGCUACACACAGUUUGCGGUUGGUCGAGGUCUGAUCGGUGUGGGUAUCAGCUUCACUUGCGUCGCCGGUCCAAGUCUCAUCGCUGAGUUGGCUCAUCCCCGUCAACGCGGUACAGUUCUGGGAUUCUUCAACACGCUCUGGUACGCUGGAUCAAUUAUCGCAGCCUGGGCUAGUUUUGGGAGCGGCCAUAUGCAGAAUUCGUGGUCGUGGCGGAUCCCAUCACUGAUCCAACUUCUCGCUCCUGUCUUUAUAGCACUCGUGUUGCGCUGGAUUCCCGAAUCGCCACGCUACCUGCUUUCAAGAGGCCACGAAGAGGAAGCUGUAUCGCUUUUGCUGAAGCACCACGCUAACGGCGCGGUCGACGACGAGCUGGUCGCGUGGGAAGUGGAAGAGAUUAAAGCUGCCUUGACCGCCGAGUCGAAAGACAUUGAGCUUGGGUGGCGAGUACUAUGGCAUACCAGAGCCAAUCUGAGAAGGGUCGGGACGGUUGUCGUUGUUAGUCUACUUUGCUUGUGGUGUGGCCAGGGGAUCAUCAGUUAUUACUUUUCUCCUAUACUGACACAAGUUGGCAUCACUGGCACGAAUCAGCAGACCGGCAUCAAUGGCGGUAUGCAAAUCUGGAACCUCAUGGUCAGCAUCGCUGGCGCGAUCUUAGCCGACAAGAUUGGCAGACGAGCGUUGUGGAUGACUUCCUUCAUCUCGAUGAUCCUUGCGAACAUUGGCACGAUUGUCAGCAACGCAAUCGUGGCGAAAGAUGCGGACAACAGAACCGCUGCAUACUUCGUCAUCGUCUUCCUUUUCCUCUACAACGCCGGAUUCAACAUUGCAUGCAAUCCACUGGCUUACGCAUAUCCGACUGAGCUCCUACCAUAUGCUAUGCGCACCAAGGGCGUCAGUAUUUUCGUCUUGGUCGGACAAGCUCUGCUCAUUGUCAAUCAGUACGUGAACCCGAUUGCCAUCGAUCGCAUUGGUUGGUACUAUUGGAUAUUCUAUCUCGGAAUGCUGUGUUUGGGACUUGCGACCAUCUACUUCAYUUUCCCUGAGACGCGCGGUUUGACUUUGGAGCAGAUUGCGACGUUGUUCGAUAGGGAUGAUACCAGCGAUGUUAUCGAAGGCGUCGAGGUGGAUGAGAAGCAGCCGGUGGUGGCGAUUACGACAGUCAAAGAUAGCAAGGAUGAGUAA